GCCAUGAGGAUCCCGCCGGUGGAUGUGGAGGCUUGGCGGAUCUAAAGUCCACAAUAAUGAACGGAAUCAAACAAUUGCAAGUGAGCCGGGGGACGGAUGGAUGGGCCUUAUCUUGAGAGCUGAUUUUUCUUGCUCCUCUCACAGUGUGUGUGUGAUGUCAGCAGUGGCAGUACUGUUGUAAUUGACUUGGUGGGGGUGAUGGCGUCAUUUCAUGCCCUGGUGUAGCCUCCUGUGCUCCAAUAGAGAAGGGGAGAAGGAUCUUUGGCCGACGCGACCGUGGCUCCCUUGGCCGGGAUCGAGCACCGCCGAGCCGGACACUUCACCCCGGGAAACAUGGAGGCUGUGGCCGAGGAGCUGCGGGCCGGCUCUCGGGUACCUGUCACUAUCGAUCAAAUAGUUAACGAUACACUGGUGGUGACGCUGACCUAUCGAGAAAGGAGCUACACGGGGAUAUUGCUCGACUGCAGCAAAAAAACUGGGCUGUUCUGUCUACCAGAUAUCACAACAAAAUUGGAGGAAUGUCCAAUAUCCAAAUCAGCUUGUGAAAUCCCAGAAGUUUUGAGUGAGGAGGCAGUUUCCAAACCUUCCAGCCAGGCUUCACACAGACCAAAGGAUGAAAACACUCUUCCUGAAAGCAGCAUACCCAGUGCACCUCUGCCCUGCCCUGUGCCCACACCAGUGCCAGCUGGACAGACUCCUUACCCUCCUUAUUUUGAAGGAGCCCCCUUCCCACAGCCCUUAUGGGUGCGCCACAGCUAUAGCCAAUGGGUACCUCAGCCCCCACCACGACCAAUCAAGAGGAAGAAAAGGCGGAGUCGAGAGCCCGGCCGCAUGACCAUGAGCACUAUCCGUUUGCGGCCGCGGCAGGUACUGUGUGAAAAGUGUAAGAACACACUGAACAGUGAUGAGGACAGCAAAGAUGGCAUGAGCAACACCAAGGCCUCCAGAAAAGAGAACGCACCACAGAGUGACGACGAUGUCAAAGAUGCCCCCUCUAAGGUGGCAAGGAAAGAUGAUAUGAUUGCAAAUAAAGACACUAAGAGACGAGAAAACAGCACUGGCUUUGACAGCAAACGUCUCAGGAAAGACAAGAGGGGGGAAUCUGAGGGGGAGAAGUUCCCUGGAGGUGACGUGAUCCCCCACAGUCCUGUCAUAAAGAUUUCAUACAGCACUCCACAGGGCAAAGGGGAGGUCAUGAAGAUCCCCUCACGAGUCCAUGGCUCAGUCAAACCUUUCUGCCCCAAACAGCUGGUGCAGAACGGCUUGGGAGACAAUGGCAAGACGCCCUCCGAUCCCACCAAGGAGCAACGCCACAUUUUAGAUGCCACAAGGUCUGGCCUCACCGUGUCCAUUCCUAAACUCAAACUGACUAGGCCUUUUACAACCGUCAGUCAGGACUUGGCCUCUCCAAAGAUUCGCUUGAGGCCGCCUCCAACGGAGGGCGAGGAGAGUGUGGUGGAGUACGAGGCCGAGCUUGUAGGAGGCACCAGAAGACGAAGCCCAAGGGUGCCCGGUCCCUGCCUCCCCCACUCCGAAGACUCUGGGGAGGGAAAGAACUCUCUGGAGCUGUGGUCGGGGAGCUCAGGAGAGGAGGCCGAACGGGGCCACAGCGAUCUCACCCUGCUUAUCAACUUCCGCAAGCGCAAAGCAGAUUCCUCUAGCCUGUCAGUGUGCAGCAGCGACAGUCUAGAUGAAUCCAAGUCCUUCAGCUCUGACGGCACCUCACCAGAGCUGUGCGACCUCGCGCCUGGCGAGGACAUCUCUGUAACCUCAUCUUCUGUACCGUCACGGGAAGAAUGCAAGACAGUGCCGCCGCUUACGGUGCGACUGCACACGCGCAGCAUGACCAAGUGUGUAACGGAAGAGGGUCACGCUGUUGCAGUGGGCGACAUUGUGUGGGGGAAGAUCCACGGCUUCCCCUGGUGGCCGGCACGGGUCCUCAGCAUCAGUGGCAGCCGCAAACAGGAGACAGCCAGCUGCGAGGCCCAGUGGCCGGAGGCAAAAGUGGCGUGGUUCGGUUCACCUACCACCUCCCAGCUCUCGGUUGCCAAACUGUCGCCCUUCAGAGAGCUCUUCAGGUCCCGCUUUAACCGCAAGAAGAAAGGGAUGUACCGGAGAGCCAUCCUGGAGGCAGCCAAGGCGGUGGGCCACAUGAGCCCCGAAAUCACAUCGCUGCUUUCCCACUGCGAAACGUAGAGGCUGAGGAUUGAAGAGAGGUCUCCGAGGUUUUUCUGAACUCUCAGACUCUGUCAUCAAGACCCAGGAGGGAGUACGUGCGGUUGCCACGGCUACUAUUUAUAUGCCCCCCUCUCCCCCUUUUUUUUUUUUCUUUCUUUUUUUUUUUUUCACAAGGCUGGAGGAAAAUGGCCGCCAAGGUGGAGUGUCGUCAAGACUGGAUAAGGGAGCAAAAAAAAAAAAAGGCCAGGCAUCUCAUGGUCUACUCUGAAUAAACUAUUCCUCCUUUUUUUCUUUUUUCUUUUCUAGAUUUUAACCAUAUUCCAAUAGAGCCGAAUAACGACACUACAAGAAUCCGAAUGUAUUUAUUAUCUGUAAUGAUUUAUUACUAUCCAUCAAGUCCACCUUUUUACCACAAUCCUGCAAAACCUCCAAAUCUGCUGCUGUCAUUAUAACGGUCCUCACCGCCGAUUUGGUCACUGCGGGGUUCGACUCGUCCAAUCAGAGGAAACCGGUGGCGUCUGUUUGGUCCCCAGUGCCAUCUUUAAACGCAAGCCCCCCUUCCUCCUCUAGCAAAAGGACCCGAGAUGUUAUUACCGUGGUUUUUGAAAAGUCUUAGUGUGAUUCGUCUUACUUUCCAGAUCUGAAAAUGUGAAAUGGCUCCAUCCAGAGACAGUAGAGACUGUUCCAGCUCUUCUAGCGAUCACACAGUGUUCCAUCCUUGUAGCCUUCUGCGUCACUAGUUGGAUAUGUGGAUGUAUUUAUACCGAGCUCAAUUCUCUCCAAAACCAUGUCGUGUCUCUCUUCCAUUUAAGUUUUUGUUUUGUUUUUGACACUUCGAGGACCCUUAGAAGUGUGACGUGGGGUCCACGAAAGAACCCACUCCCUCCUCUCCCCUUUUUUCCCUUUUUUUUUUUUUCAUUUCUACAUCACUUUAAUUAUUUAAUGCGUCACGUUAAGAAAAAGCACUUUAUCUGUACCUUGGUGGCCUGCUGUAAGCUCACUGUCCGAAACACUACCGCGAGAUACAGCCCUGAUAGGCAGCAGGGGAUUUCAAAAGUCUUCGUGGUUGACUAUCCAUGGCCUUGGAGAUAAAAAAAAAUAAAAAAAAUCGUUUUUUAUUUUAUUGUAUGAUUCGGGGACACCAGAUACCGGACACCUGUCACAGGUGGUUGUGUACACUGUAUUCUCGCAUUUGACUUGGGUGUGUUUCUCUCUUUCUCUCUCUCUCUCUCUGUCUCUUUCUCUCUCUCUCUCUCUCUCUCUCUCUCUCUUGCAACCUACAGAUCUACCACACACUACAACAAAAAAAAUCCACAUUUAAUGUUUCCACUGGAGAAAAAUGGGACAGGAAAUGUGUCAAACCCCCCUAUGCAUCAUCAGUUAAAGCUUUAUGAGUGACUUUUGGGAAAAAAAAAUAAAUAAAAAUAAAAUGCUGUUAGAAUACUGUGAAUUCAACUGCUGAGUGUGCAGAGGGAAAGGGUUCGGGGGGAGAAAGCUUGCUACUCGUUUGAACCUGCAGUUUAUUGAGUCGUCCGGCAAAAGCAGACCGCAGAGCUGGCCUUUAGUGACCUUUGGGUUGAAAGCAGCACUGUUGGAGAGGGGGCUGGUGUUUGGGCGGGGGGGCGGCAUUGCUAGUCUAGUGCAGCCCGUAGCCGACUCUCUAUUAAAAACUGCAGAUUGCACACAGUCAUGCUCAGCCGACCAGCCCGACUCCUUUCUGUUUGUGUGGACCGCUUUGUUCCAGCGGGGGGCUGCCGUCAAACCAAGCGGGAUGGUCACGUCGCAUGAAAACCGGCUCGGUGAUCGUCAACAAGAGAGAAAUGUCUUCGGGGAGCAGGUCAUGCACUCCUCCCAUUUUGAUAAUCAGCGGUUUGACUUGUGUUUGCCGUCAAGCCUCGCUAGUUUCCAGGCAGCCUUACUCUUAAGAGGAGUGGGGAAGGAGAGGAGAGUCCACCCCCACCCCCACCCCCCCCCGCCCCGCCCCGACCCGCCCCCCAACCUCUAAAUGUAUGAUUGAGAGGGAAAGAGUCAGGAUAUUCCCGUGUAUGAGCAACAUGGCUAUCUACUGUUGCCCGCGUUGGUCAAUGUUAUUGGCUACUUUUAUUGUUUUGUUUUUUACAUGUACUGUACAUAAAAUAAAAUAUACAAGCAAUA